AUGUCUGGCUCAGCAGCCAUGGGGCAGUGGCCUGUGCCACAGGUUGCUUCAUGCUCAGGCUCCCCUGAGCUGGCUGGGGCUGUCCUGCCCCUGCCGCCCAGCGCUGUGUCCUCAGGCAGGGGCGCAGACCUCAGCCCGAGGUUCCUGUUGCAGGCAGACUGGUGGAGCUCAGCAGGCAGCCUGUCCCCGAGGUGUCUUCUUGCAGAACUGGCUGAUAGCCACCCUAAGUGGGGGGCCUCACCCCACUCCCAGCUGGGGUUCGCCCUGGAGGAAGGGCUGGCCAGCUCUGUGCCUUUGAGUCUGGACGAGGUCUCGGAGAGCUAUGAGUCCAGCCACCUGGCGUCCUCCGCCUCUGUCCCGGAGCAGGACACCCCCGAGCGUUGGAAGCAGAUGGAGCCGUGGAUGCUGGGCCUGCUGCAGGAGCUGCUCCGGGUGCGGGCCUGCGUGCAGCUGCAAGACUCAGAGCAGGUGGCCAGGGGCCCUGACAAGCCCCCGGCCCCAGAGCCCCGGUGUCUGUGCCCAGCCCACACCCUGCUCCUUGCAGUUCCCCAGCUCCCAGCCCCAGAAGCAGAUGCAGGCCCUGGACGAGAGGUGCACCCCCACGUGGGCGGCACAGGCUUGGGCGGGAGGAGAAGGGGCUUCGGGGAAGCAGCAGCUGCCGGGCCUUGGGCACAGCGGCCCGACCCCCGCCGGCUGCCUUGCUUGCUGCGCGAUACACGUCCACGGCCGACUCAGGAAGGCCAGGGUUGGCCUGAGCUGGCUGCCCGCAGAGACCUUGAAAGCGGGGAGUGCUGGGGUCCCUUGGCCCAUCCCCCGGGCCCCGAGGGCUGCCAAGACUCUGGCUGCCAGGUGGGCCCUCGGCAGAAGCGGCUCUUGUGUGUCAGGCUGGUGGCGGUCCGGGAGGCCCUGACCCAGAUCAGAAAGGAGCGGGCGCUGCAGGACGCUGAGCAGCAGGACGCGGAGCAGGAGGCCGGCCUCAGGUUGGCCAAGCUGACCAGGAGGCUGGGACGGGAGGAGCAGGACCGGGAGGUUGCCUGCGGCGCCCUGCAGAGGAGCCAGGACGAGGCCAGCCGGAGGGUGGGUCGGGAGGUGGCCAAGAUGCAGGUCCAGGUGACCAAGCUCGGCGAGGAGAUGAGCCUGCGCUUCCUGAAGAGGGAGGCCAAGCUGUGCGGCUUCCUGCGGAAAAGUUUCCUGGCCCGGGAGCAGAGGGUGAAGGCCUCGGGGCGCAUGCAGCUGACGGCGGAGAGCAGGCGGCAGACGCUCGGGGAGCUGACCCAGCAGCUGUGCAGGCCCUGCAGGGGCAGCUCGAGGUGGGCGGCUGUGGCUGUGGCCUGGGGGCACUGGGGGCUCAGGACCGCCCCCACACAGCAGCAGGAAGAAGGCCGCCGGGCGGGGCAGUGCCAGGGCCUGGACGAGGCUGUGGUCCAGUUGACCAAGUUGGUGCAGCAGAACCAGGUGUCGCUGGACCGCGUCUUGCUGGCCAUGCGGGCAGCCUGGGACACCAAGGGGCACUUGGAGGAGAGCCUGGGGGAGCGAGCCACCUACCCGCAGGACAGCCUGGAGGCCGUGCGGCUGGCCGGGGAGCUGGCCCAGCGGGAGACGUGCAGUGCUCUGAAGCUGCUCUGAGAGAGGAGCCAGGCCCUGGAGGCGUCCGUGGCUGAGCUAGUCAGGCAGGUGAAGGGCCUGGGUGACCCCUUCCUGGCCUUGAGCCUGAGGCCGAGUGAGGCGACGUGGGCUGCCUGGGGCCGGGCAACUCGGCCUCUCCAUCCCACCCACCCACCUGUCCCCCAGGUCCCCAGUGGCCCCAGGCCUAGCCACGCAGGGGCUCCCCCGAGGGGCGGCAAGGUGGACCCCAACCCCAGCUCCUGGUGGGCAGAAGGCUGGCAUGUGGACACCCAAGCCAAGCCAGGCCUUCUUAGGGAUGAGCUCCGCUCAGCCUGGGGCCCUGCCUGUGGGACCCGGCCCCCCAGAGCUCUCCGCCACAUGGGCAUGACUGUCUCGGGUCCAACUCUGCUCCUGUGGGCCCUCCACCUGUCCACCCUCGCUCGGCGGCUUCCACCCUCACUCAUGCCCAUGUUCCAGGCAAAGAGAGAAUUGGAAGGCACGGAGCUGAAAUCGCUGGAGGGCCUGGCUCAGUGUCGGAAGGAGGCCAAGGCCCACCCGUGGGAGGUGCAGGAGAAGGUGGGCAGCCUGCUUCUGCCGGUGGAGGCCGUUUCCGACAAGUGCCUCCUUCACAAGAGCGAUUCUGACCUCAAGAUCUCUGCAGAGGGCAGAGCCAGGGGAGACCCCUUUGAGGUCGGGGCCAUGCGGCAGGAGCUUGCUGUCCUGCUGGACUGUCAGCAGCUCAGGGAUGGCCACCCCGGGCGGAAGAUUGCCGAGAUCCAGGGCAAGGUGGCCACGUUUCAGAACCAAAUGAUAAAACUGGAAAACAGCCUUCAGGACAACAAAGCCAUCCACCUCAGGCUUAACGCAGAGACCGGGCUGGUGAGAGAGAAGAUGGCCGCCCUGAGGGAGGGCGUGAUGCGGCUGUGGAGUGAGGCAGGCCCAGGGGGCCCUGAUCCGGGCAGCAGGAGGGUCCUUGUGUCUCUAGUGACGCAGCAGUUCAUCAAGGACGUGGCACCUGGCGAGGUGGUCCCCGUGGGGCGUGUAUCACCAUGA